AAGUUAUGUAACCAUUAGGGUUUGGGUAAGAUAAAAUCCCCAAACCUCUUUAUCAAUGGACAUGGAAAAACUUAGCUGUUAAUCAAUUGACAGAUCUCUUCUUCUUCUUGAAAACCUUGCUUCCGCUGCCCUAAAUCCAUAAAACCAUAUAAAUCAGUACUUUAUCAAACCCUAACCUCUAACAUAUUAGAACUGAAGGGCAUUAAACUAAAUUAUAACUUAUUGAUGAUGAUCUGUUCUGAAUACAUAUAUGACCUUAUUUGACUGAUCUAUUUAUAUUGAUAGGUUUCUUUUUAGGAUUUUUCUAUUUGAUUGUUUACUGUAUCCCGUUAGGUUUUCAAAUCGUGCUACAAUUCUUUAUAUUUUUCUCUCUCAGAAUCUGAGUUUUAGUUUAAUUCACCGUAAUUAGUAUUAGAACUCAAGGUCAUUAAACUAAAUUAUAACUUAUUGAUGAUGAUCUGUUCUGAAUAUGUAUAUGACCUUAUUUGCCUGUUCUAUUGAUAUUGAUAGGCUUCUUUUUAGGGUUUUUCUAUUUGAUGUUAGGUUUCCAAAUCCUGCUACAAUCCUAUAUAAUUUUCUCUCAGAAUCUGAAUUUUAGUCUAAUUCACUGUAAUCAGUAUUAGAACUCAAGGUCAUUAAACUUAAUUAUAACUUAUUGAUGAUGAUCUGUUCUGAAUUCAUCGUCAGAUUUCUUGUGGGAUUCGUCUGAUUCAAAUCCCUUGCUAUUACAAUAUCUAAUCUGUUGGACACAGACAAAUAAGAUGCACUUGCUGUUAUCUCCAUACCAUACAAAAAUGCAGGUUUUAAGUUGGAAUUUAUAUUGGAAUGGACUGCAAGAAGUUUAUCCAAAUGGUGGAGGAGAAAAAGAAGAGAGCUUUGGAGAAGAAAGCAACCCCAUUAUUAUGGCAGCAAAAGCUUGAAGCUGCCAACAACACGAAAGCUGAUACUGACACUGAAAGCAGUGAUGACGACAAAAGGACAUCAAGAAAGUCGCACAAAAAUAACAGAAAACAUAGACAUCACGACUCUGCUGAUUACGAAAGGAAAAAGGAAAAGAAAUUAAAGAGAAGAUCAAAGAAGCAUUCCGAUGAUGACUAUUACAGUGAGUCUGAAGAAGAAGAAGAGAGGCUGAGGAAGAAACAUAGGGCACACAGGAAACAUAAACAUAAACAUCACAAUUCAAAUUCAGAUUCUGAAUCUGAAGAAGGAUCGGGUUUCUCUAGUUACGAUGACAGGAAGAGGAAUCAUAAAAACCGACAUAAGAGAAGUCGUCGCGGGUCCCAUUCUAGCAGCUCAGAUGAUUCCGAUGGUGGAGAUGUUACCAGGAGAUCUAGACGAAAUGCAAAGGAUCACAAACGUCAUAGGGAUUAAUAGGGCUUGUUCAUCGUUUCGAAACAAUUAUUUGAAAUGGUGUAAUUGAUGAAAGAGAUUAACAUGGGUUAUAAUGUUAUAUGAGAUUCCAAAACAGAACAAUGACAUAAUUGAAAACUGAUUAUUUGUUGAAAAAUUAUGUUGUUUG